AUGGUUCCCAUGAGGCGCCGCAGUUCGGUUCGUACGGUUACCUUGCAUUUAUCCCGAAGACAGCACCAAGGUGAAUUUGAUGCGAGGCAGUCGGUGGCAUCGGAUUUAGAAACUGAGGCAGAUCUGCAAGAAAUCAAAGCAAAGACCAUGUACCGGAUGGUGGAAGAUAUAACGCUGGGCUCUGGCUCCCGGCACAAGGUCUUGUACCUUUCGAACAAACAAGCUCGACUGUUGGCCCACACGCCAGGAUCUAUGAAGCGCGUUUUAGAAGCCUUUGAAAUACCAACCCCCAAGCUGGUAAUCAGGCUCAUACAGUCCACCGGCGGUGUUGACUGGACGAGAUCACGGCUUCGGGCCGGCAUCAAUUUGCAAUAUCCGUAUCCAGGUGGUGAAGAGGAAGCUUUGCAAGCAGAGCGGAAUUUAUAUCACUUUAUGGAGGAAGUCCUACUUCCUCUUGCAGCUGAGACGAAUGCUCUAAUCCUUGUGCAGGCCACAGUGGGAAGCUGCAUGUUGACAUCGGCUCUUGGACAGGCUCUUGACCUUCAUCGCAACCGGUUUGGUGACAAACCCCCCUUUGCCGUCACGGCCUUGACUUCUGACUUUGACAAGCUCUACAACAAUCAGAACCCUUCGGCAAAAUGGUGGGACUUUGCAAAAGCUGUUAGCAGCUGGAGACGGAGGCACCGAGGGAUUCUACAAGACUUCUUCACGCGGCAUCCUGGCAGAGACUCUAUCGCAUACGACAUGACCGACGCCUUCUCUCAAUACAUCGUGUGCGAUGGAGUCAACGAGCAUGAUGGCCGAAUGGAUUUCAAUCCUUUUACAGCUUUCAACUCUUCCCUUCUGCAGCACUUGAUGCAACAGGUGCCCUGCAUUGCCAUCAGAACUGGGCACACAGACCUUCUCGAAGGUGAUGAAGCGUCGCUGGGGAACAUCGUUGCGUGCCUUGAAAGCGGGUGCCCGACCAUAAUGGUAAACCUGCGUGCAUGGCCGAAUAGUCUGAUGCUGCCAGAUGUGCAACAAACGUACCAGGAGUUCUUGGACACCCUAGGCGGACGAUGGGAUUAUCUUGAUUGCAUGGUUAUCUGCUUGAUUAUGCGGGCCUGGGAGAAUUCCCGGAAGGCACUAGAGCAGAAACUGGUGGAGCAACAAGUGCCUUCAGUUCGCAGAACCAGACAAUCUGCAGAAGACUUGAGCAUGAUUGCUGUGAUGGCUGAAGCCCCCUUCCGCAACCAGCUGGCGGAGUUGCUGCAGUGGUACAGCCGCUUGUUUACCGAGGCGCAGGACGAGGCCGUUGGGAGUUCUGGCGAGCAACGACUCAGCGUGGACCGGCAACAUCAGCGUGCGCUGCAGAUGUCGGCUGUUAUAAGAAACGAGCAUCUACAUGUUGCAGAUGCCUUCGACAUUGAGGGUAUUUGGCGACUCAUUCGAGAGCUGGUUCGUCUUGAUCGGUUGCCUAAGCAGGAGGAGCCUGAGGGCAUAGACUUGCUGGAGCAGGCAUGGUGUGAGUACGAUGCGAAGAACUACCUGGCAGGAGUGUACAAAGUCUACAGCAAGUUCAGCUAUGUUGGCCUUCUGCUACUCAGUGCUCUCACCGUCGCACUCACGGUUCUUCCCGACGAGUGGUUCGGCUCAAUCCAGGUCGAUGAGCAGGGGAUCGUCUUCAUCGUAACCCUCAUGGCCGGCGCAGCUACGACUCUGACGACGAUCAUGAACCCCACUCAGCGGUGGAGGGUGCUUCGAAGCAAGUCUGCAUUUCUUCUGAGCACCAUCUGGCGCUACAGAACUCGCACCAAAGAGUUUAGUAGUUGGAAUGCUGGACAGAAGCCUCGGCAAACUUUUUGCCAGCGUUUCAUCCAGUGGAAGGCCGAGUUAGCAGAGGGGACAAACCUGCUGGAGAGUACCAUGGAGAAAGCCUACCCGGCGUGGGUCUAUAAGCACCUCCGCUCCAUCACUUCAAAGGGUCAUGCCAGCGCCGCAGAUGCUGACGAUGACGACUUUUACACGCCAGUUCCACCAGGCAAGUAUGUCCUCUGCAGGCUACAGCCUGCCAUAGACUUCUAUCAGUCCCGAAUCCCGUGGAUGGCGCGCAGACGGCGUUUGCUGCAGGUCUGCGUCAUUGCUUGCUCACUGUGCUCUUCAAUUUUGAGUCACUUCAAGCAAGGUACCUGGAUACCGCUGGUCGCUAGCUUGUACAGUUCGCUUUGCGCCUGGCAGGAGUUUGCAGGGCUGGACCAGAAGCUGCGCAGAUAUACGGAGGCCGUACAAGCUCUCAAAGGCGUUCUUUCCUGGUGGGUUAGCUUGACGGAGGUGGAACGGGCCUCGCCUGUGUGCAUUAAUCGCUUGGUGGAAAGCGUCGAAGAUGCGCUCACACGUGAAGUUGGCAUCUGGGCUUCGACCUUAGCAACUGCAGAGCAGAAGGCAUCCCAGGGACCUGAAGAAAAGAAGGAGCCGAAGAAGAAAGAUUCUGAAUAG